UUAGACCAUUACUGCUUGUAAUCAGCUGUGGUCGACGCGAUGAGGCUUCAAAAUUGUGCCGUGAUCUGCACCGUUGGAUGGGCGCACGGAAGAGUUUAGACGGCUGUGAUGCGCUCCGUUGAAACGGACGGGUGGGAUCAGACCAUCGAGGUAGGAACACGCUUUGGAAAGCCUGAAAGCGUCAAACUUUCGUCAGAUCUCACGCUUGUUUCUUCUCCUACUCCACCUCACUUCGCCAGCGCGAUUCCGGCGAGCCACCGUCGCCUCGCCGGCCGCAGAGGAUCGCCUUGUUCCUCUCGGAGCAUCCGAAGCUUUCCUCCCUUCCGUACACCGGAGCACUCCGAAGAGGAAAAGCUCGUCUCUUUGCGGGCGUCAGUAGCAGUGGAGCUUGCUUGAGCGGGGAGGGAGAUCCAUCUGCCCGUCGGCGACGGCGGCGAGUGGUUAAUUCCUUCUGGUGUUCUUCGCUUUUGGGUGAUCCAGUUGGUCGCCGCAAUGGAUCACGUCGGCGGCGGCGGCGUUUGGAUCCGCGCGGCGGUGGCGGUGGCGGCGGGCGGCGCCAUCGCGGCGCGCGCGGUGCGGCGCAAGUCCGUCGACUCCACCGCGGUAUUCGUCGGCGUGCCGGCCAUGGUGGCCCACACCGUCGGCGGGUACAGGUUCGCCGGGAUGCUGCUGGUGUUCUUCUUCACGGCGUCGCGGGUGACGAGGGUCGGCGAGGCGAGGAAGCGCGCGCUUGAUCCCGACUUCAAGGAGGGCGGGCAGCGCAACUGGAAGCAAGUUUUAUCAAAUAGUGGCAUUGCAAAUAUCUUGGUGGUUUUGAUAACGCUUGUUACAGGAGGGGCCGAUAAGUGCUUGGAUACACGAGAGUCUAGUCUUGUAACUGCCCUGAUCGGUGGUGUUAUUGGACAUUAUGCUUGCUGCAAUGGUGAUACAUGGUCUUCUGAGCUUGGCAUUCUUAGCAAAACGGAACCACGAAUCAUCACAACAUUCAAGAGGGUACGGAAGGGAACCAAUGGCGGGGUAACCAUUGAUGGACUUCUCGCAGCAGCAGCUGCUGGAUUCUCAAUUGGACUUACAUUUGUGCUACUAGGAUUCUUAACCACUCAGUGUGAUUCUGAUGUAUUUUGGAGGCAGCUGCUGGUUAUACCCUUAGCUACAGCAGCUGGGCUAUGUGGAAGUUUGAUCGAUUCGUUGCUAGGCGCAACGCUCCAGUACAGUGGGUACUGCAAUACUCGGAAAAAGGUAGUUGGAGUAGAAGGUCCAACGGUAACAAGGAUUUCUGGACUGAAUAUACUGGACAACAAUGGUGUAAAUGUAGUUUCUGUGUUCUUGACUACUCUGAUCACUGCCUUGGCUUGCGUAUACAUCUUCUGAGAUUUAAGCUAUGUAGAGUAGUAGUAGGCAGUAGCACCACAUCAGAUGUUCACAUACGUUGAUGAAAUUCAGAUAGAAGAUCUUAUAACAGUGGCACUGUUCUCUCUUUUGGGGGGCACUUGCAACUGUUGUUUUUAGCAAUUUUUCACACAAAGGAUGAAUUUUUUUGUAUGGACAGAUUCAACUGUAGUGAGAUCCCAUACUGAUGUCACAUUGAAUACAAUGAGUCUUUAUUUGUACCAAAAGUGUUUACUUUGUCAUCAACGUCCCCGUGAUAUCUUAACAAUGCAUGGAAAUUUUGUA